AGCCCCCACAGUCCCCUUCUCAGUGGAAGAUGCCUCCCUCCGCCUCCGACAUGAAACUUGUGGGCUGCAAGAACUUUGUGCGCAACAACCCCAUGACCGACCGCUUCGACGUGCAUAAGUUCCACCACAUCGAGUUCUACUGCGCAGACGCCACCAACGCAUCUCGCCGCUUCGCUUGGGGUCUAGGCAUGGCCCAGAUUGGCAAGUCCGACCAGUCCACGGGCAACCACGUGUCGGCCAGCUACGUCAUUCAGAGCGGAGAAGUCAAACUGGUGUUCACGGCCCCGUACGCGCUCGAGACGGAGAAGGCGCCCGACGCCGUGAGUUCCAUUUCUGGUUACGACCCGGAGUUCGCACAGAAGUUCGUGAUGAAGCACGGCCUGGCCGUGCGUGCCGUGGGAAUUCUCGUCGGAGAUGCUAAGGCCGCGUACGAACUUUCCGUGCAGAACGGUGGUGUGGGUGUGGUGGAACCCCAGACACUGACUGACAAAGAGUCGGGCAAGACGACAACCGUGUCGGAAGUGAAGCUGUACGGCGACGUGGUGAUCCGCUGGGUGAGUGGGGACUUUGAGGGUCCGUUCGUGCCUGGCUACGAGAAGUGCGAAUGCCCCGAUGUGAGCAUCGGUAUCCAGCGUCUGGACCACUGCGUGGGCAACGUGCCCAAGCUGCUGGAGGCGGUCAAGUACAUCACUGGCUUUACCGGUUUCCACGAGUUCGCCGAGUUCACGGCGGAAGAUGUGGGUACGCUGGACUCGGGACUUAACAGUAUGGUCCUGGCCAGUAAUAACGAGAUGGUGCUACUGCCCGUAAACGAGCCAACUUUUGGCACGAAGCGUAAGAGUCAGAUCCAGACGUACCUAGAGCAGAACGUGGGUGCGGGUCUGCAGCACAUGGCGCUUAAGACGGACGACAUUUUCCACACAUUAGCGGAGAUGCAGAAGCGCAGCCACGUAGGAGGCUUCGAGUUCAUGCCCCGACCUAACAAGGUUUACUACGAGCAGAUGCCAAAGCGUAUUGGAGACGCUUUGACCCAGGAACAGUACAAGCAGAUCGAGCAGUUGGGCUUGCUGGUUGACAAGGACGAGCAAGGUAUUCUGCUGCAGAUCUUCACCAAGCCUUUGGGUGAUCGUGCCACCGUCUUCUUCGAGAUCAUCGAGCGUGUGGGCUGCAUGAAGGACGUUGCGGGUCGUUUGGAGCAAGCUGCCGGCUGCGGAGGAUUCGGUAAGGGCAACUUCUCGGCGCUUUUCAAGUCGAUCGAGGACUAUGAGAAAUCGUUGAACGUGUGAGAGGCUGACUAUUGCAGCUUUUGAGUUGACAAAGAAUCAAACGAUCUCUUUUUUUAUG